AUGACGAUGCGGCGGGCCUCAGACCAAAGUAUGAAGAAGCUCUACUCGAGUGAACACCUGCAUAAUGCCCUGGAGUGGCUGCCCUCAUGCCUGUAUUUGAAAGUUUUGCAAAUUUCUUUGCAAAUCUCUCUCCGCGAAGCCAACGGAGUCAACGGGGUCAAGGCCGAUCUGCUGUCCAACCUGGACAACCGCAGACCCCUCCUCGUUAUCGACCUGGUCGCGCUCCCUUUACACUCGAAGACGAUCCGCCCGAAGCUUCUGCUGCGCAAAGUGUUGGCUGUUCAUAGUUAUGUCGAUAACAUUUCCUCGCCAACUGGACCUCCGAGCACAAGCCAGCGCACACCUCCCCAAUUUCCACACCUUGUCAUAGACCUCGACGAUCGGUCAGAGAUGGAUCCCGCCAAUCAGUCUACCGGCACACAGCUGACGACAUUACCCUCGCGCAGAACUAGCCAGCCGUCGCAGAUGGUGAACAAGAAUAGCCGGGACCGACAGGAUGAGGCUCGUCUGUUAGGAGGAACAAUCAGGUUCGUUGAAAUUGAAUGGAUACAAUGGGGGGGCGCAACUAACCGGAGCCCCGGACCCCAACGCUGUUCCGAUAAAGCCCAGCGCAACAAUGCCAUCAAAAACAAAGAAGCCAGGGCGCCUGCUAGUUUAUUCUCCGCUAAUUCUUGUCUUCAGUCUAAUUAUUCGUUUUCGCCGUCGGAUAAGAUAUCGAACAAAAUCCGGACCAGUGAACCAGUCCGUGGUCGAGCGAAGCCAAAAGAAUAUGCUUCUAACAUGCGACGAAACCCAACACUCCCCGAUGAUGCAUUUGAAGAAUCAAGCCGGCCUAGUAAGAAACGGCGCCAAGGUAUUCUGGGCCCUGCAAUUGGCUCGACCACCACAACAGAUGUCAUCGAGGAUCGCUCUCACCUAGGAGCUUGGGACUCCCCGCAGCAAGGCCUCCAACCGAAGCGCAAGGGAUCCAUUGGUCUCUCUCAUCGUCUUAAUGAAUACAAAGAAGUGGAAGAUGGUCUCUCGAUGUCACCGACCCGUCGACGAACUCAAAUAAAACAACAUGCUGCUGCACACAUUCCCGACGAGCAGUUUACGGAAAAAGCUGCACAGCAACGGCGAGGUGUACGGAAGCAGAAUGAAUAUCAAGUGCCUAAAGGCAACGCGAAACACAAAGCCGACGACGAGCUCCAGGUCAUAGAUAGGGUUGAAGUCAAAGUCAAGAAAUUUGAUCAAGAAAAAUUCGCUGGCUCUCAUCAGAAUCGUUCUCUUGACAGUGGCAGGGAGAGUCCGGAUGCAAUUCAAGGUGAUAUCACGACGGAUCCAAAGAAGAUCAUCACAACAAAGUCCACCAAAGUUCCGCGUCCACUGAACACUGAGAUGCAGUCCCAAACCAUUACUCGAAAGCGUUCCCCGGCUGACAUUCGGCCCACGGAAUUCUCCUCGCCACAAGGAAAGAAAAAGACCAAGCACUCUCACCAGAAGUUCGCCAAUAAAUCAACGUUGAAAGCGUCGUACCUCCGAGUAGGAUCAUUCAGCAAGCAAUGCCGCGAUGAGGAAUUUGCUCCGAUCCAUAUCACCGAUGCUGGGUUCGAGCUUCGUGCAGAUCUCCUUGGGGACGACCAAGAGCUCAAGAUCCCCUUCAACCAGAUCAGAGCAUUCUAUUACAGCAACGGCGUGACCAAGAAGAAGGCGACAAUGAUACUUACAGGAUGGAAGAACAACAGUAGCAAUCUACGAAUGGACCUUGAGUUCUGCAACAAGAAGGAGCAGCAGGCCGUGACGUUGAUCAAGCAUCUACUGGAGCCGCACGGCAUCUUUAUCGACGCUAAAGAUGAGUAUGUCUUGAAGAGUACCGUGUGCAUGCUGGAACACGACGAAAUGAGUGCCAAAUUCCACCAGUACAAAAAGCAACACACACACGCGGACGACCGUAAUCUGAUGUCUCUACCCGGCUACGGUCCCAACACUGUUCCCGAGAUACCCAAAGGACGGCUCAAACUCAGAGACAAUUUGAGGCAAGCCAACGGUCAGGUUCCUGAACCAAAGGGUAGCAGGCUUCGAAAGGGCUCCCUGGAUCUCGGUCAGAACUCCAGAUCAAUUGCGAAAGACCGUGACCACCAAACUUCUGACCUAAAUGCCACGGUCGAAUCUGAGCUACCCGUGGAGCCAUUGGGAACCGUGGGCCGUGGGACCCGCUCACGAACACUUCGCGAGGUACCCAAGGCGUACAGUGCGUUGAACGGAUCUGGACCAUCCACCAACCAUCUGAAUAGUGCCCUGCUUGAAGAUGAUUCCUUCCGAGAAAAUUGGAACCAGCCUUUGGUCUACCCGCCAAACGGAAAGAAGAAAGCCGAGGUCACUCUUGAUGACCGUGACCGGUUACGUGAGGACACCUAUCUCAAUGAUAACCUCAUUGCCUUUUACAUGCGGUUCCUUCAAGAAAAUCUCGAGCGAACAAAUCCGGAUGCUGCAAAGCGGAUCUACUUCUUCAACUCGUAUUUUUUUGCGACUCUCAGACCACCAGGUACUUCUCUGUUUAAUUACAAAGGAGUGGAAAAAUGGACCCGGAGCGUGGAUCUCUUCGGCUACGACUAUAUCCUGGUUCCUAUCAACGAGCAUCAGCAUUGGUACAUCGCCGUGAUAUGCAACUUGCCCAGCCUGUCAUUCGGGGACGCGGAGCCAGUGGAGCAAGCAGAACAAGCUCAGACACCAUCUUCAGCCGAGGAAGCAGAAACUCCACGCCCAGCCGAUGUGCAAAAGAUUGACGAAUCUCCGGAGCCGCAGGCGGAACCGGAAUCCGAUAGUUCCACCGGGCAAAAGCUUGAGGAAAACAACAAUCAAUCUCCUGGGCCAUUGAAGGAACAAAACACUCGAAAGAAUCUGGCUUCCAUCAUAAUGGAGCAGCAAAGAUCGGCAAAUGAAGGUGCAAACUUCCCAGCACCAGAGCCACAGGUUGGCUCUGGAGAAUCAGAUGCUGAGAAGAAGUCAAACUCCACCCCACACUUGUCCAAGGAAGCAGCGCAGCAGCUUGCGCAGGACGAGGCUGCAGCUUCUCAGUCAGCCACUCGAAAGAAGAGCCGAGUAUCCGCCGCGCAUAAGCUGAAUCCCAACCAGCCGACCAUCAUUACCUUUGACUCCUUGGACGUUUCUCGUUCCCCGACCAUCAAAGUCCUCCGCGAGUACAUCUCAGCAGAAGCGAAAGGCAAGCGCGGCGUGCAGAUCCAAACCAGCGGUAUCAAGGGAAUGCGGGGCCGAGGAAUCCCCCUCCAGCCAAAUUUUUCCGACUGCGGACUCUACCUAUUGGCCUAUCUCGAGAAGUUCAUCCAAAGUCCCGACUGGUUCAUUGCCAAGGUUCUUCAGCGAGGUAUGGAUUCUGACGUUGAUUGGCCUCCACUGGGCUCUGGUCUUCUUCGGUACCGCCUACGCACCUUCCUUGAUGAUCUUUAUACGGAGCAGAACCUGAAAGGCCAGAGUUCAAAGGGACCGCGGAUGGCAGACCGAUCACCAAUCAAUUACCUGCUUGGUCCAAACGUGCCCCACAAGGAAGAUACUCCUGCCGAUGAUAUGGUGCCCGAGUCUCAGCCGGAGCCCCAACAGGAGAACAAUACCUGGUCCAUACCAGAGAAGGAUCCCAAGCCCGUGGAUCCUGGGACGCAGAAGGCCAACGAGGGCCACAAAGAGGAGCGAGCCCGGAGCCAGCUGCAAAUGGCGUCAGCCGAAACCACCCCAACAUCGAAAUCUAAGAAUGCUGCAUCCGGAAAACCUCAGAACAUAAUGAGUUCUCUCACGCAGGACCAACCGGUCAUCCAAGUACCCGGUAGCCAGGAAGAGCCCGAAAUACCCAGAACACCUUCGCCAGCCGAACCCCAGCAAACUCGGCGGAAGCAUCGGGACCGCUUCAAAAAUUGA